GUCGACGUGGCGUAGCUAAACAAACGCACAGGAGCUGUGGAGGACGAAGAAUGAAGAGUUAGCUAACACACUCGAGUGAAAAAUGACAGGCAGAAACCAGCAGCGGGGUUUCCAGCCUGCCACAACGGCACAGCCUGCUAAAGGGGGACAUGUGUACUUAUUUGGGAACAAUGGCAUCUCGGAAAACGAGUGCUCCGAGGAGGACAGCGACUGCUAUGAGCUGCGGUCAAGAGGGAGAGAGAGGCUGCGGAGAAGUGCCUCUAGGGACAGGAUGGACGACAUCGUUUACCUAGUCAGAGACAUACAAGAGGGAGAUACUUUAAACGCCAUUUCUCUACAGUACUUCUGUUCGGUGGCGGAUAUAAAGAGGGCGAACAACCUCCUGACGGAGCAGGACUUCUUUGCACUCAGAUCCAUUAAGAUCCCAGUGAAGAAGUUCAGCGUCCUGACUGAGACCUUAAGCCCGGCCCCCGCUGCUAAGCCAGGCUCCCCACAGGGCAUUCGCCGGCUCUCUGAAGCUCUGAUGCCAGAGGCUGUGGAGCAGUCCUCGUCCACCCCUUCCUCCUCCUCCUCCUCCAUCGACAGCGUGGGCAGUUUCCUGCAGGAGAAGGACAAGGACAUCGAGCAGCUGGUCAAGUCCACAGACCCCUCCAGGGGGAGCCUUAACGAGGUGGUCUCUUCCCUGAACCCCCAGAGGCAGCCGGGGGACCCCGAGCGCAGGCCCACAGGCAAGAAGGACCCCUACUACGGGGCAGACUGGGGCAUGAGGUGGUGGACGGCAGUGGCAAUCAUGCUGGUGGUGGGUAUCAUCACCCCCGUCUUCUACCUGCUGUACUAUGAGGUGCUGAUGAAGGUGGAUGCCAGCAACCACGACACCACACCACAGAGUCCCUCAGGGCAGCAGCCACCCUCCUCCCACAGCCCACACAGCUAGGGCACACAGCACACCUGGACUCUAAUGUGCACUAGGACAUUGGUGGACAACGUGUACCCUGCCAGCCCUCAGUUAACUCAGAGGGGGGCUGUCAAAGGAAAGACUCCUUGUAUGAACAUUCAGUGAAGCCCACACUUAAACAGUAAAAGAUAAAAAAACAGCGUAACAUAUCUCAAUGUUUCUUAUGAAAAACUCAGAUAUGCCUGUUGCUGCACAUGGACAUAACCAUUGGGUGCCGCUGUCCAUGAGGAUGACAAAAUGUUAGGAUGUGGAGGCUUUUGGGAAGCUUCCCUUGAGGACUAGUAAACACUCUCCUGUGCAAUUGUGA